GAAGUUAUGAUUUUGGAGGAACCAGUCAUGUUCGAGUGUCAGUCAUGUGCCGAUGAUACCAUACAGCCGAUCUUGCCAGGUGGCAAUGCAAGAUGGUGCGUUGGUCAACUAGAGGACGAUGAUUCUGAUGAUAUUGAAGCCGGAUACAUAUCUAGUGAUGAGUCGGGACAUGCUGCAGACCUAGCCGAGCGUCUGAGAGUCAAACCUUCUCGGGAUAUUUGGGAAUUAGACGAAAUUCAAUACACAUUACGCAAAUUGCCACAUGCAGAUGAAAUAUCAGCAUUAAUAGAGGCAGGGCAAUAUGAAGAAGUGAUAUCACUGGCUUAUAAUACAGAGAGAGAAAUUGGGGCUAGAACAGCAGCAUUGUGGGCAAGUUGGAUGGCUAGAAGUUCCUUGUUGGCAAAGUUAUUAGAGUCGGGUGUUAAUCCAAAUUCAUCUGAUGACGUUGGCAGGACGUGUUUGCACCUAAGUUGUUUAGUUGGCAGUGAAGAUUGUGUCACACUGUUAUUAGAACAUGGAGCUGACCCAAAUAAGUGGGAUUCGUCACACGAUACCAAAGCUACACCCCUCCAUUGCGCCGCGAGUGCUAAAAGCUUACCCUGUGUUAAGAUGUUAAUAGCUUAUGGUGCUGAUGUGAACGCACUUCUCAGUGAGCGCUCUCCGUUACAUUAUGCGGUUCUUAGCGACGCACCCGAAGUUGUCAAAGCUUUAAUAGACGCAGGCGCAUGUCCUGAUACUCCACAGGUGUACACGGAAACUCCUCUCCAUGUAGCGGCAUCCCUAGGUUUGGCCACAUGCACAAAGCUUCUGCUCGAUGCAGGUGCAGACGUCAGAGCUGCACUAGGAACGGGACGAGCUACAGCUCUCCACCUGGCAGCAGAAGAUGGUCACGCGGAAUGUGCCCGGUUACUUCUCAAUCACGGAGCGCACAUCGACUGUCUAAAUUUUCGGGGACAAACGCCGCUUCAUCUUGCUGCUUUAGCGCAAUCUGUGGAGGUGGUAGAACUACUAGUUGGAAUGAAUGCUGAUGUACACUCACGAGAUGUAGAUGGUCGGACACCUCUACACGGCUCAAUAGUGCGAGGUGCUCGGGCCUGCGAUGUAGCACGACAGUUGCUCUCAGUGGGAGCCGACCCGAACGCUCCGGACAACUUUGGUUACACUCCUUUGCACAUUGCUGCACUGAAUGAGUUUUCUGCCUGCGUUCUUCUUUUGCUAGAUUACGGUGGCGAUGUGACACUACGCACUAACGGCGGUGUAUCAGUUUUGUCAUUCAUCGUUAGACGGGUUCCAGACGUAAUUCCGCGAUAUUUGCAUAAAUUCGAUGAUGCAGUGCACGUGAGCGAACACGAGUUGGGUGAUGUUGAUUGCGAACUGACUAUUGAUUUCAGACCAUUAGUGCCAUGUCUAUCCCGUGGUGAAGCGGAGUUACUUCUAGCAUUUAUAGAGGUGGGACAUAAAGACGUACUUAAGCAUCCUGUUGCUGAGACGUUUCUUUUUUUGAAAUGGAGAAGAAUAAGGAAAUUUUUUGUGUUGAGUUUCAUUUAUCAUGCAGUAUUCAUAACUUUAUUCAGCUUUUCUAUUUUAUCAAUAUUUUUAUGUCAAGACAACACAUGUGAAGUGAAACCCUUCAUAAUACCCAUUCAAGGUGUAAUAUUAAUUCUAAACGUGUGUUUCUUAGCAAAAGAAAUAUUCCAAUCUUGUCUGGAUUGGUCUGCUUACAUACGACAAUGGGAAAAUUGGUUGCAAAUAUUUAUUAUACUUGGAGUCUUCUUGUGCAGUAUUCCAAAAUGGGAUUCGGAUGAGAAAUGUUCCGCAGCAUUACAGAUGCAGAAUGCAACAAGUAACAAUGAGAUGUACCCUAAGGUAACAUGCGGUCAAACCGCUCGCUGGCAACAUGAUGUAGCAACGGUUACCAUAUUCAUAGCCUGGCUGGAGCUCAUGAUGAUUCUCGGUCGCUUUCCUACAUUUGGUCUCUACGUACAGAUGUUUAACACCGUGACAGUAAAUUUUUCAAAGUUUCUGCUUGCGUACAGCUGUCUCUUAGUAGCUUUCGGUUUAGCAUUCAGCGUGUUAUUCAGUAAUUAUCCAGCUUUUCACAUACCUGAGGUUCUGGUCAAGACUGUCAUGAUGAUGUCAGGAGAAUUAGAAUACGAGGAUAUAUUCUACAACAACACAGACGAACAUCCAAUACAAUAUCCCUUGACGGCAUAUGUGAUGUUCCUGAUUUUUGCAUUGCUUGUCACUGUUAUUCUGACUAAUUUGUUGGUCGGUUUGGCUGUUAGCGAUAUUCAGGCACUGCAAGAAAGUGCGGGACUAGACAGACUGGUGCGGCAAACUCAGUUAGUGGCCCAUCUUGAGAGUAUGCUCUUCAGUCCUUUGCUGAGAUGCGCACCGAACCAACUGAUCGCAGUACUGCGAUGGGGAGCUUUACUGACUGCUUCCCACACACGCACGUUGAAUAUUCGUCCUAACGACCCGCGGGAAAAUAGGCUCCCCAAAGACCUGAUAGCAUCAGUUUACAAAAUGGUAUGCAGUCGAAAAAAUACGAAGAGCAGCAUUCGCAAAAACAAUAAUUACGAAUUACGAUUGAAGUGCAAAGAUGAAGAAGGUGGUCAAAAGCAACAGCUAAUUAAACGAAAAAGCAAUUUAUAUGAUAGAUAUUCGACGGAGAGUCAAAAAAAGGUGGAGAGGAGAAAAAGGACUACAUCAGGCAACAACAGACCAGUAUCUUUAAACAUUGGUGCUAUUCAAGAAAUCUGCAUGGUUGAUAUAAAGACUCAAUUGAUGGAUUUGACAAAGAAAAUCAACAGAUUGGUUGAGACUACAGAGGCUAGAUUAAAUGCUAUCGAAAGUAAAUUAAAUAUAGUGCAGCCUACUUAAAUAGGGCAACCAACUUAAUAAAAAAAUUAUCACAUUUUAUUCUCAUCCUUUAAUAGAGCCAGGCUUCUGUCGGUGUAGCCUCCUCUAUAAAUUAGAAUGGCAGCUAGCUUCGUUUAGGCAGAGUACAGAGGAAAUAAUUACUUCCCCAUACAACAUACGGGUAGUCAAUGGAACUAUUUUACUGAUACCUCGGGAAAAGGAAAGCGUAAAGGUCAAUUUCAUAAUAAAUGAGUCAUUGAUGUAGUUGGAUUAAAUUUUUAAGCUCUAUCCAUCUGUUUAGUCAAAGAAAUACAUUUCAUCAAAAAAUGACAUUUUUAAGUACUACCACAGCCAUUGACCUUUUUUUGACAGGUCAAUGAUUAUGGCUAUAAAAACUAAAAAGUGUUUUAGUUAGUAUGAACCAAAACAUUUAUGAAGAUAUUUGAUUUUUAUGUAUUAUGAGCAAAAUCUGAGGAGCACCGCCACUGCGCCCGUCACCUUGAGACAUAAGUUGACAGCCCCAUGUACUGUAAUUUCAUCAGCAACCUUACCCUACAAAACCGGAUCUCAGCAAUGUUCACGUUAUUAUUUAAUGGCAGAAAUAGGCAAGAUGACAGAACUUCCCUGGAAAAACUCUUUCACAAGGAGGUCUACUGCUAUUAAAAUAUAUAUUCUUUCACUCGCCUUGCAAACGUUGUACUUUGGCUUUUACUUCUUUUCUUCCCUGUCUACAAUUGUAUGGAUAACAACACUAAAUUAAAUUCAAGUUGUUUUCCAGCUGAAAUAUAAUUGAUUUUUCUGUCAUACUCUUUACCCCAUAUCCUACACCAUUGUAAAUACAUAUUUUUCUUACGUAAACAGAUGCCUACUCCUAAUAUGCAUUUAUAAAAAAAUUGUGCCAAUUGUACCAGCUUUUUGUACCCAAUACCAUGAGUAUAUACAGUAAUAUAAUAAACAUAAUAUGUACAUUGUGAUGUUGUAGUUUUGAAUUUAAAUGAUAAAUGUUUAUAUCGAGUUCUUAGGUUUUCGCGAUACACGGUUUUCGAUAUACGCGACUUAAAUCCGGAAAAAUAGUUUCAUUUCCUAUGAUAAAUGUUUCUUUAUGUAUAGGUUACAGUGUAUACUUUAUACACCACCUUCAUUUUUACUACUGAAUUUUAACUUACGUCUUUUUUUAUGGUGCCAAG